AUGGCAAGGGAUAACGAAACCAAACACCAAGAAAAUAAUAGCAAUGGAAAAGCUAAUGAGCGACUGAAUCAAGUCUCCGGGCACAUCGCGGCCCCAUCAAAAAAGCCCAAGGCUCCAACCUCCCGCCUCCCCGCCGACCACUCUGAUGUCCUGGGCCAAAUAGAAACCCUCCGCUCCAUCGCCCGAAAACCAGAUCCCAAAAGUAGGGGUUACAUCCGCCAAAAGCAAGCGGGCAAACUGUGGGUCCGAGAAAGAAUUGACCAACUUCUUGACCCCGACUCUUUCCAAGAAAUCGGCUCUGUGUCAGGCACUGUGAGCUGGAAGAAAACCGGGCCGUUGCGCGAGACGCCCGCCUCGUUCGUACCGAGCAAUAACGUUCAAGGCGCAGGUACUCUGCGCGGCCGUAAGAUUCUGCUCACGGCGGAUGACUUCAGUAUCCGCAGCGGCCAUGCCGAUGGAGCAAGCUGGGAGAGGACGGUGUAUGUUGAGAAGCUCGCUGUGGCGCUCCGAAUCCCUGUCGUUAAGCUUGUUGAUGGGAGUUCGGGGCAGCUGAAUAUGGGUAUACCCAACUUGGGAGCCGUUGUUGGUCCUGCUAUUGGCCUUGGCGCGGCGCGAGUUGUCUCAUGCCAUUUCUCAGUCAUGGCAGCUGAUAUCGGCGCUCUGUUCAAUGCAGGCCCAAAGGUAGUAGAGGGCGCUACAUUUGAAGAGGAUCUCGGGUUCCAGGAUCUCGGAGGUCCCAUGGUGCAUUGCACGAAUGGGACCAUCGAUAACCUUGCUGCCAACGAAGCUGAAUGCUUCGAGCAAAUACUCGUUGCGUGCGAGGAUCCCGAAGACCGCGAGGACAUAGCUUUACGGAGCAUCAUCCCACGCAGACAAGCACGCAUGUAUAACUCGCGGACAAUAAUCACCUCUGUUGUUGAUCAAGGCUCAUGGUUUGAGAUCGGAGGGCUCUGGGGCCGGACAGCGAUCGGGGGACUCGCUCGACUUGGUGGCCAUCCGAUCGGAGUGAUAAGCCUAGACUGCGAGGUUAACGGGGGAGCUUUAGAUGCUGCCGGCUCUCAGAAACUCACGCGGCUGCUAAAAUUGUGCGAUGUGAUGAAUAUCCCCAUUGUGCAAUUCAUUGAUGUACCUGGGUACGCAAUUGGAACUGUGGCUGAGCGUACGGCUACCAUGCGAUGGGGUGUGGAGCUGGCAAAGACAUACUUCUCUACGACAACGCCCAUUUUCAAUGUCAUCACACGAAGGGCAUUCGGUGUUGCAGGAGGUGUCAUGCUUGGCGCACGCGACCCAGUGAUGCAAGUCGCUUGGCCGUCAGGUCAAUGGGGGUCGCUUCCACUGGACGGAGGCAUUGAAGUUGCCCAUCGGCACGAACUUCGAGAGGCUGAGAAAGCGGGCAAGAAAGAAGAGAGGUAUAGGGAGCUUGAAGAGGAAUACCUGCGCAAGAUGAGCCCGGUCCGCACAGCCAAUGCAUUUGGAGUGGAAGAAAUCAUUGACCCUAAGGAUACAAGAAAGGUCUGUUGCGAGUGGACGGGGCAUGUCUACCGAGUGUUAAUGCGGGAUCGACUAUCCGAUCGGGCAUGUGGGAAGAUCGCUCCUUCAUUUGCCUAA